CCAAUUCAAUUACUGUUUUCUGUCAGUGCAAAAAUAUUCAUCAACUUAAGUGAUUUGAGUUUAAUUCCUAUGAAGACCAGAGCUUACCUUGUUGGGAUUCCUGGAUUUGUCAUGCUUUUUCCUCAGUAUAACUGAAAGUGAUGUGAAAUGCCUCCAGCUCUCCACAGAUGACCUUUGCAAGACUGAAUUUCCCCAGUUCUCUCUACCUCUCCAUGCACAGAAGAUGCUCUAGUUCCUUAGUAAGUGACCGGCCUCACUUCAACUGCAAGAGAAAGAGGCUCUUGGACAGCAUGCCUGCCAUCAGAUCCCUGCUCUUUUCAUCACGUUUCAGUGCCUCUGGAGAGAGCUCGGCUUUACAAACAUGACACCAACAAGAUGCUGAUAGAUUUGGAGUUUUUGGCUGAUGGGAAAAACUGGCUAUGCAGGGGAGGGUGUAGCAGGGUUUCAACAUGGGCACCCAGCCACACACUGUGACCAAAGCAGAGAUCCCCGACUAUGUUCUUUACACCGUAGGAACAUGUGUGCUCAUUAUUGGCUCCAUUGGCAUCAUUGGAAACCUUCUAGUUCUCUAUGCAUUUUACAGCAACAAGAAGCUGAGAACACCCCAAAACUACUUUAUAAUGAAUUUGGCUGUGAGCGACUUCCUGAUGUCAGCUUCUCAGGCACCCAUGUGCUUUGUCAACAGCUUGCAUAGAGAGUGGAUACUUGGAGAUAUAGGCUGUGACUUGUACGCUUUUUGUGGGGCACUCUUUGGAAUAACCUCAAUGAUGACUUUAUUAGCUAUUUCCGUUGACCGCUACCUUGUGAUCACUAAGCCCCUGAAAUCCAUACAGUGGAGCUCAAAGAAACGCACCAUGCAGAUCAUCGCUGUCGUGUGGCUGUACUCACUGGCAUGGAGCGUGGCUCCGCUUCUCGGGUGGAGUUCCUAUGUGCCUGAGGGGUUGAUGAUAUCCUGUACAUGGGACUAUGUAACCUACUCCCCUGCAAACAGAAGUUACACCAUGAUUUUAUGUUGCUGCGUGUUUUUUAUUCCCCUGAUAAUAAUAUUCCAUUGUUAUUUAUCUAUGUUCCUGGCCAUAAGACGUACUGGCAGAGAUGUUCAAAAGCUGGGGUCCUGCAGCCGGAAAUCCUACCUCUCUCAAUCCAUGAAGAAUGAAUGGAAACUGGCAAAAAUUGCUUUUGUGGUCAUCAUUGUGUUUGUCUUGUCCUGGUCUCCAUAUGCUUGUGUCACCUUGAUUGCCUGGGCAGGUCGAGCCAACACCCUAACACCAUAUUCCAAAUCUGUGCCAGCAGUUAUUGCCAAAGCUUCUGCAAUCUACAACCCCAUCAUAUAUGCAAUAAUUCACCCAAGAUACAGAAAAACCAUCCACAAUGCUGUUCCCUGCUUGAGGUUCUUAAUACGAAUAUCGAAGAAUGACCUCCUGAGAGGCUCCAUAAAUGAGUCAUCAUUCAGGACCUCUCUCUCCAGCCAUCAGUCUCUUGCUAGCAGGACCAAGAGCACUUGUAUUUCAUCAGUUUCCACUGGAGAAGCUACCACUGAUUACACAAUGAUGCAUGACAGUAUCAACUGUGAUGAUCCAGUAAACUGUAAAAUACGCAGAUCAUCCUUGAAAUAUGAGACCUGGAGUGAUGUAGAACUUGACCCUGUAGAGCAAGCUCAUAAGAAGCUGCAGCCAUGCCGAAGUCACUCUUUCUCAAGUCCAAGACAGGAGAAGAGAGAUCUGCUCCCAAAGACCUGCAGCUACGAUGCAGCAACUGCAGAAAAGGUUUCACUCUCCUCCAGCUGUUUGGAGAAGGUGCUUAGGCAGCCAGUCCUACACGAUCUCCCUGCAACACUUGUGACCAGCUCCCUGAAAGCAGCCUCUCUGCCUGUUGGUCUGAAUAGCAGCAGUGUGAGUGGAGGAGAGGGCUCAGGUACUCCACAGACAGAAACUCAAGAAAGUCAAGUGAAUGGAGUCCUGGGCUCCAUUAUUAGCAAUACAGUCCCUCGCAUCAUUAUCAUUCCUACCUCAGAGACAAACCUAUUUCGAGAGGAACUGGAAGAGGAAGAGACUGAAUUAUUCCACUUUCAUGAUAAAAAGGGCAAUCUGCUGGACUUGGAAGGGCUUAGCUCAUCCAUGGAGUUCCUUGAAGCUGUUGAGAAAUUUCUAUCAUAAGUUUCUCAAAAGAAAACUUUCCAGUAAUUAUUUUCUUGGCAUCUUCUCCACUUAAUUAUACCAAAUAACCAAAGCCUUGUAGGUUAGAUCAUCAGACAUUCUGUAUGUUUAUACAGUAGUCACUAGGCAGCCUUCAGAUUUAUCUUUGUCCAGACCAGCUCAGGCAUGGAAACAGGCUUUCUUUCAGAUUAUGCUGCAGGAAGUGAGCAGUGGAAGAUCUGGCAACAUGAUCGAUUGACACUGGUCGGUCGAGCUUGUCUGCCUGCUUUAUAGGGCCCUGACUUGUAACCACAGAUGAAGGUGCCAGCAGAAGGAAACUGACUGAGCAACAGCAGGGGCAGCUGCUGAAUAUUUCUGCUACCUGCGCAUGAAGUGGCAUUCCUGUUUUGGCUGCUGUCUUUUGCAUGGUGAUGGGAAGAGCCACAAGACCACAGUUUCCACCAGCCACAGAGGUAACGCAGAUGGCUCAAUUAUCUGAACUAAAUUUUAAUCAAAUUAUUUUCAGUGUGGUUUCUGUUGUGUUUUGUUUUUUAAAUAGGCAGCUUGCUAAAAAUAAACAAACAGAUGGUGUAACCGGGAAGUAACUGCUUGCCUUUGAAGUUUAAUGCUAGAAGUCUGGAUUUUACCUCAGCAUGAGCGUGAUUACCUGAAUGUUGAAACACCAGGUUCUGUAUGCUAAAACAUACGCUACUACCUAUAGAAGCAUUUAGAGCACCUUCAGAGUUACAGUCUUGAUUAGAUAUAUGUGGAUCCUAAUUAGUCUGUGAUUAAAAGGGUGAAUGUUCACAGCUGGCUUAACAAGUCAUUGAUAAAAAUAAAGCCUUGGCUGCUACGUAUAACUUCUUUCUUCAGAGGAAAUUCUUCUCCUUUCCUUUAAAAUGACACAGUGGAUGUCUUCUCCUACUGGUCACUUACCAGAGGAUUUCAAAGCAGGUAAAACAUUGUCCCGGGGAGAAAACAUAGUACUGUGGUGUUUGCUACAGGAUUUGUACUUGCAUUGUUAUCUGUGGUUACUGACUGUUAUUUCAUCUGUGCUUCACUUUAUGGCUCAGGCUCAUAAGAGCCUCCUAGCAUUUUAUUCCUAAUGUGUUCUUAAUUUCAUUAUUCAUUUUCCCAUUUCUCCACUUCCUUUCAGUCUCUGACUUUUAAAUGUAGAAAACUUGAACUAUAUUUUUUUCCACAUUGUAUUAGUAUAACUUAGCAGAAAGCAGGCAUUUAUCUGGGUAUAAUAGUGCAAAUAUUUGGUCUCCGGUGAUUCUAGUCACAUUCAGAUAUCCCACAAGACAGUGAGAGUUUAUGUUCGUAGUCCUGAUUUAUUCCCUUGACUGUAUCCUAGAUUGUGCAAAGACCACUGAGAGCAUUUCCAAUUCUUGUGUUGUGCACUGGCUGGUCUUGGGAAGUAGUUUCUCUCUAUCUGUUCUACCGAUGCAAAAACCAGAUGGAAAAUAGAAAGCAUAGAAGUAUAUUCUUUAAAUUAUUUUUUUAUUACAAAAGUUAACACAAAUCCUGUUUGCAACUAGCUAGACAGGAACGCUACUGAAGAACAAGGUAAAACCCAAAGCAGUACAAGAGAGAGGAAUACCUCACUUGCAGAUCUGAGGCUUUGCAGGGUGUCAGCACAGCAGGCCUUUGAGACACUUGCUUUUGGUACGGGCUGUGCUUUUUUUUUUUAGGGCUAAAAAAACCACCACUGGUGGGUUACAAAGCUGAUUGCUGAGAUUGGCUGCCUGUUGCAAUGCUAACACUCUUUAUACUGCUAUUAUUUGAGGUACUGUCCUGUCUAGAGACCCUCACCACAAACAAGGCCAAUGUUCCUCCUUACCUUGUAGAGGAGGGGUGAAAGUGGUGAUGGAGCCACAUCACAUACAUGUUUGCCUGUGUGCUGCCUUCGUGCUGGGAGCCAGGGCUCAGCCAGGGCAGCACCACACUGUGGUACCUGCAGCAGGGCUGCCAAAGGCUGUGCCCACCCAGUGCUGGGUUUUGUACUGGGGCCAGGAAUAACAAGGUCAUUUUCCCUUAUGUCAACUGUGCAGUCAGUGACCUUGCUACUUCUUGCAUUUAAUAUCCUCUGCUGCUGUACCUCCUUUCUUCUCGAGCCAGAUGUUGGGAAGCAAGAGUUCUUAUAAGGCUUCCAAGUCUUAAACCUGACUUUUACUGUUGUAAUUACUCUAAAUAACAAUAAGAAAAUGUAUUUGGUGUUCCAAGAUAUAAAAACAUGCCCUGGAGCAGAUUUUGCACUCAGAUGUUGAUAGAUUUGUACUGGUAUGACUGUAGCAGGAUAUUGCUGUAGUUUGAGACAGGAUGAAGAAAGUAAGACCUAAGGUAACAGUCAAGAAAUUCCUCUGUAUCCCGACAAAACUUUGUAUUCUACUUGUUAGGCUGAAAGAUGACUUUCCAGUGAUCUCUUGGUAUGUGCUGGUACUAAUAAAGGGUACCAGAAAACUAGGGGGCUUGAGAUAUGUGCAAAGAGUUUUAUUUUUACACUGUUAAUGUCAUAUACUCUUAGUACCAUUGCUUCUAAAGCUAAUGUCAAGAUUACUGUUUACAUCAAAUGAUGUAGGCUAGAAUGACAAAUGAGAUAGCAGUAGAGAGUUAAAACAUAAAGUUGUAUGGAAUAUCAGAUAGACUUAUUACAUUCACUGUGAGACUUCUGCAGAAACACCAGUCACAGAGUAAAUGAAUCUUAAACUGA